AUGGCGUCGGCAUCGCGUGUGCCACUGCUUGUAAAGAGCAAAGGUCGUAUUUCUUCACGUGCAUCGAUUGCACCACGUUCUAGGCCUCCGAAUGGGCCCCGAACAAAGCGUACAGCGAUGGUAGAUGGUGAAAAGGAUAAGGAUGAGGAAGCAGAGCAAUUGAAGAAUCGAGAGGCUCCAAAGACCAGCGAGGAAGUUUUAGACAUAGCAGACACGACAUUGGACGUAAGCACAAAAUUUACAGCCAAAUUGGCGACUCUUGCGGUCAAAAACUUAAGUUCCAAGGCUACAAACGGUCCAAGAAGCACGACUGUCAUCAAACCUUUGCUUGCAUCGUCGGUGGUUGAUGACGACACAAAUACUGCUGGUGAUUCUAUUUCUGGAGCAUCAGGUGUGCAGGUACGGCAGACAGGAGGGAUUUUGGCUGGUGAUUCGUUGUCCACAACACCGUCUAGUGCAAAGAGCCCGGGAACACGACCAGAGUUCACCGAUUGUUCGCCUGUGGUUCUGCCAGUGCAUCAUCAACGCUCGGAAAGAUUGGUAAAAAUCACGUCAGCGGGACCACUGUAUCGAGCAAGUCCCGCGAUGCGACCACGUGCCGGGAGUAUUGGAAGUUCAUUGGCAGUGCGAUCACGUGGUGUGAGCGUUAGCAGCUCUCCUGGAGUGGGGCCGCAAAAUCCGAUGCAGCAGAGACUACUUCGGAAGCUGGACAUCAAGCCGCAUCAGUCGCCACGACGCUCAGCUAUGCAGCUGCAACAACAAAACGUAAACAACCACGAUGGUACGGCAUCGCCGCUGAUGCUCGGGGGUGAACCUUCAGGGGUAGUCCCUGAUAUGCAACUCGAUGCAAAGCAGUCGAGAAGUGUAAACAAUACUACGAAGACCACUCGCGUUUUGGCUGUGACUGCGAAGAAAAACCGACCUGUGACGGCAAAGCGUCGAAAGUGUAGUGAAACUAUGUCAGUGCAGACUAAUGCCAACGCCAGUACACCCGAGCGUCGAUCAUUGAGGAGAAAAGCCAAGCAUUCCACCUUCCGUGAGACGGAUGAAAGUGGCAGCUUGGACAGUGAGCCAGACGAUGACUGGCAUGAGGAUGUAAAUUCUCAUGAUCUUGGUUUACCAAAGGAUGAGAUAAAUAUGUACGUGCCUGCACGAGAGCGGGCAACGAUGUGGGCAAAAUCUCUCUUACAGAAGGACUGCGAGGGUAAGAAAGGAGAUAAAAACAAGGGUGGCGGUACUUCACAAGCGAUAGUCACACGUGAAAAGAAAACUGCGGCACGCAGGAAGCUUAGCAACUUGAAUGCAUCCUUAGUCACAUCGGCUGUUACAGGAAUUGGUGGUAGUAUGACGUCACGCAGCAAGAUGGAGGAGCUUCUGAAGAAGGAGCCAUCUCAGAUGACAAUGGGUGAGUUGGCACUCACUGUACCCAGGGGCAGACGGAUUAAGCGGCAUGAGCAUGAGGAAGCUGCCUUGGACGCACCGCUGCUUGCAGGUUCAUCUGGAGAAGGGUCCUCAAACUUGCUAAAUAUGAACGCACUCAACCGGGUGCGUUCACUGUCGGUAUCGUCUGAGUCUGCUGCUUUUGCAGGCUCAUUAGUGACACCUCACGUUCAGAUUAUCGAUGGCCAAAUGGUUGUGCUGGAAAACACGAUCAAGCUGGGUGACGAAUUGCAACGCACGGUAGAUGAACUUGGUGAAGGCAGUAUUGGUGGAGACAAUACGGGCCUGCCACCACGACACACGGGAUCACGCUAUAGCUCGUCUCAUCCCAAUGGUCCGGGCAAGCGAUGGGGAAAGGAGGAGACGAAGCAGUUUUACUAUUGCCUUAGCCAGGUUGGUCCAAACUUUUCGAUGAUGGCGACACUAUUCCCGACCCGAAAACGAAAAGAGCUGAAGAGCAAGUUUAAAUAUGAAGAGAAGAACCACGGAAAGCUGAUUGAGAUUGCAUUGCGUGCAUCAGCAGCCCCUCUCGAUUCAGAGAUAGUGGACGUUAUUUCACAGAUGGUUGACAAGGAGACUCAGCGAAAACUUAAUGCUCAGAAAAAGCAUAAGACCAGAUCGCAGCAAGAGUUACUAUGUGGCGACGAAGACACCGCGUCGGUGGUGAGCUCGAUGGUUUCGUCGCCGAUGUCGACACCGCAAGUACAUACUGAGGAGUUUGUCGAGACACUCAACGACGACGACCUGUUUCCGUCAAGCAGACAUGGCUCAUUUGACUUCAGUAGUUAA